AUGUCCGAGGACGAAGAGGAAUUACGAUCAGUUCGAGAUGAGCUGCUGGCAGUCGGCGAGACCAUCGCACAGAUCGAGGCGAGGUACACCGCGGCGCUGACUAGAUCAUUGGAGCGCACGAGGAGGCUUGAGGCUAGGGUGGUUGAUCUAGAAGCCCAGCUUGCACUUUCGUCUUCGGAGCUGCAACGUUUGCGAGCAGAGAAUGUCGACUUGCGCAGAUCAUCUCAGGCAGGAUCCCACCGCACGACCAAUGAGAGAGAAAGUGCAGCCGGUACAAACAGCCAGUCACAAAUCUUGGAUACGAAAGGCAAGGCGGUCGCUAGACGGGCACCAUCGACGGAACCAUUGUCACCCGUAUCAGACAUUGACUUACGGGGUUCCUCUGCACAUGCGACGGCAGCACACAGGCAGAGACGGCAGGCGGGGACAAGAUCUGCUCGACCGCAGCCCUUGAAGAUCGCCGACCCGAGUAGUCCAAGUGCAAGCGCAGAUAUUCAGCCCCCACCGCGACAAACAACACCAUUGCCUGAGUCCCCAGGUGCUUGGUAUAUUGAAUAUUUGAAUCCACCGGCGACGGCAACAAACUCUGCUGGACCCAUGUCAUAUGCUGAUCUUCAGAGCCUCCUGGGACUUGAUGAUGAGACGAUGAUCUGUAUUGAAAGUCUUGGAUGGAUGGACGACCCAUGUAUGAGGAUCCAUAUCCACAACAAUCUAAUCUUCGUUACGCGCGCAUUGUUUUUAGAGGGGCCCAGUGGGACAUACCUCGUCAAUUGGGGCAGACAGGAGGUUAAUAGGAACGUGAAAAGGUAUCUUGUUGAAGGCAUGAAUAGGCCGGCGGCCUCGCUGUUCCAUUUGUUCUUCAAUCCGCAGACCCAGCGUGGGCUAGUAGAAGCGUGGUUUUACCUUGGGGCGCACGAAAUGACUGCGGUGGAACUGGGCUCGGCCUGGCAUAGUAGUUGGUUGCACAAAGAGGAAAAAAAGGUGCUUUGUGCAGAGCUGAUGCAGAGGUGGAAUAGCCGUAUGGACGGAAGAGAUGUUGCACGGAUGAUUGAAGAGCGCGAACUUGAGCAGUGCACCAUCCAGCUGAAGCACGAAGGUCAAGAGGAUGCAACCGCUGCAUUCUUAGAGGAGGUUUUGCGGGGUUAG